AUGGAAGAGCAGCGGCUGCAACGUCAAUUCAUGGCUAACCUUUAUAUUGCACGAUUAGUGCAGUUGCAUCAUGCAUUUGGUGUUCUGUAUUUUGUCAUUGGCUUGUCUUUGGGAGUCACCGGUGGUAUGUAUCUUGAGAGAUUUCUUUCACUAGAGAACAUUAACUCAAUGCCUAAUCUUACAUCGUUCCAACAGGCAUCAACCCUGAUAGAAUUACCAUUCAAACAGCCAAGAAUAUCACCACUGCCUCCACCAUCCCCGCACGAAGGCGGUUUUCCCCUGCCUGCUAUUAGUAGUUUCGUGCCGGAGGAUCAGUUGCAAUUUCUUAGGCACAAAAUGGACGAUAGUGAACUGUUUUGGCGUGCAUCUAUGGUGCCUAUGGUUGAGGAGUUUGCUUACAAGUAUGCUCCGAAGGUUGCUUUCAUGUUCUUGACCAAAGGGCCGAUACCAUUGGCUCCCUUGUGGGAGAGGUUUUUUGAUGGACACAAUGGAUCAUACUCUAUUUAUGUUCAUUCAGACCCCUCUUACAUUGGAGAAGAGCCUGAAGAUUCUGUUUUCCAUCGAAGAAGAGUUCCUAGCAAGCCGGUGCAAUGGGGAACAGCAUCAAUGAUAGACGCUGAGCGACGACUUCUAGCCAAUGCACUGCUUGACUUCACGAAUGAAAGAUUUGUGCUGCUAUCAGAAACAUGCAUUCCUUUGUUCAACUUCACAACAAUUUACAACUACCUAAUAAAUUCAAAUCACAGUUUCAUUGGCUCAGCUGACGAUCCAAGAAAAAGUGGUCGUGGCAGAUAUAACAAAGCAAUGUCGCCUGCAAUAUCAAUAUCUCAAUGGCGAAAAGGGUCCCAGUGGUUUGAGGUCAACCGCAAGGUUGCCAUAAGAAUUAUAUCAGACAGAAAAUAUUACCCCAUUUUUGCUGAGCAUUGCAGCCCUCCGUGUUAUAAUGAUGAGCACUACAUUCCCACGCUUGUGAAUAUUCUCUUGCCAGAUGAGAACUCAAACAGGAGCGUGACUUGGGUAGAUUGGUCCAGAGAAGGUCCUCAUCCGGGAAGAUUUGAUUGGAGAAAUGUCAAUGCAGAGUUUAUGAAUCAAGUAAGGUUUGGUACUACGAACUGUACUUACAAUGGUAAGAACUCUUCCUCAUGUUUUUUGUUUGCUAGAAAAUUUGUUCCCAAUUCUCUUAAACGUUUGCUAGAGCUUUCUCCGUUGUUGUUUGCCUGA